AACUUAUCGGCAUGAAAACCUUAUAAGGUGUCCAAAGACUAACAAUCAAUUUGUUUUUUGGAAAAAAUUGUGAAUAUUUAUUUAAGACAAUUUACGAAUCUACAAAACAUUUUUUGAAUUUAAUAGUGAGAUUAACUAUCAUCCUAACACUCAAAAAAACUAUUGUUCGAAUUCUUAGCAAAAAUGACGUGAACAUUUUUAUACCACCUUCUGAUGCCUUCUGCGAUUGUUAUUUGGUUUUGUCUUGAAGAUUUGGUGCUGGUUAACAAUGAGCAUUAAAAUAUAUCUUCCGACCCAAUAUUUUUAUUUUAAAAAGGCAAUUAAUCUUUAUGGUCAAGUAAAAAUCAGCAAAGACGAUGUUAUUGUAUAUUAUAUUGUUGAGUCCACAUUUGAUUUUAAGCCCAGUGCCAAUGUAAUGGAUAUUGAACCACGCCAUUUACGCUUCUUGGGUUGCAUUUGUAGUUUUAAAUCAUGUGACGAACAAAACCAAUGCAAAAAAUUUAAUAUGCGACUUUGUUUUACAUUUGACGAAAACAAGGAAAAUAUAUCUUUAACAUAUGUAGGAAUAAUACCUGAAACCUUAAAGCACGCUAAAAUAAUUCUAUAUGAAAAUAAUAUAAGAAAAUUAUUUGUAACCGGAAAAAAUGUUGACCAUAAAUGUGAGGAGUGUGAUUAUUUCGAGUUGUCCAGAUUGGUUGAUUUAACUCUUAAAUCUCAAAAACAUGAAAACAAUGCUAAGAAGAUCAUAUUAAAUAUAGGACAUUUUUUGACGGGAUCUCCAUUUGUAUUCUUUCAAUAUCUUUUUGAAAACAUUUUGGUCAAUAAACUUAUUGAGCAUACAACAGUUUACAAAAACUUUAAGGAAUGGAAACAAACUUACGGAAAGGGAUCCAGACAACCGAAUAUAAUACUUGAUCGUGUUAUAGGUAUGCUAUUAAUGGUAGUGCUGUUUUCUUUAGCUAUACAGCCAGGAGAUUUUCUCAUUAAAGUUUCUCACGCCAUUAUUGGAAAUGUGUACAGUCUUCUGAACGUAUUAGAAGGAAGUCCCAUUGGGUUGAAACUUAAUAUUCAUUUAAAUAAUUUUUUUCUGGACUGCUUUAAAUAUCACAUUGCUUUAUGGUCUACAUUUUUAGACUUUAUCGAGCCUUUUGAACGUCAAGUAUAUUUCGUCAUUGCAUUCUUCGGAUUUUUGGGAUUUACGUUUCAAAUUGCUUUACUGGCGGACUUAGUAUCAGUUAUUGGAUUACAUUCACAUUGUUUCUACAUUUACACUAAAGUCCUUUAUAAUGUGGAAAACAAAGGAUUGUCUGUACUAUGGCAAGUGGUUCGUGGCAACCGAUAUAAUGUAUUAAAAGGACGCAUUGAAUCCCAUAAUUAUAUGAAUAGACAGUUAUACCUUGCCACAAUAUUCUUUUCGGCGAUUUUAUUUCUAUACCCAACUACCUUCGUAUAUUAUAUAGUUUUUGGGACGCUUAAGGUGCUUACCUCUGGCAUGCUAACUUUAUUUGACAACUUUCGACGAAAUUUCAUGUGUCUUCCCAUUGAAAGUAUCAUGAUAUGGUUUGUCAAAGGAUUUUGUAAAUUAGAUUGCCUUAAAAUCAAGAGCAAUUUUCCCGUAGAUAAAGAAUUUUUUAUUGAUGAACAUCAUAAGGUUGACGUUUCAGUGUUUAAAAUUGAAACCUGAGAAUACAAAAAAUUUACUUUCGUAGUUAGUAAAUAAAGUUAGUUUCUUUCGACGUGAUAAAUAAA